GCGGGGGAGGGCGGAGUAGAGCGGCCGGGCCCAGGAAGCGCGAUGGCGGCGGCGAUGGGGCUUCGGCUCCUGUCUGUCUCCCGACGGGCUCUCCGCGCCCCCCGCCCGAGCUCGCUCCCCGCCCGGCGCGGCUGUCGGGGGGGCUCCCCGGCCGACUCGCGGAAGGACCUGCUGGAGAUCCCCUUGCCCCCCUGGCAGGAGCGGCCCGGCGAGCCCCUGCAGGCCAAGAGAGCCCGGCUCCUGUACGAGAGCAGGAAGCGAGGCAUGCUGGAGAACUGCCUGCUGCUCAGCCUCUUUGCAAAGGAGAAUCUGAACAGCAUGACCGAGAGGCAGCUGAACCUCUAUGACCGUCUGAUCAACGAGCCCAGCAAUGACUGGGAUAUUUACUACUGGGCAACAGAAGCAAAGCCCACCCCGGAGGUGUUUGAGAAUGACGUCAUGGUGAUGCUGAGAGAGUUCACCAAGAACAAGAACAAGGAGCAGAGGCUGCGGCAGCCAGACCUGGAGUACCUCUUUGAGCCCUCACAGUGAGGCACCCUGUCUGCUCCGGGAUCCUCUUCUCGUCCCUAGCAGCAGUGGCUGAGGUGCCUACACCUAUUUGGCAGCCUGCAGUGCUGCAGUCCUGGCUCCUGGAAUCCUCCACCCGGUGGUUGCUUCUGCCCGGGUUUCCAAACCCCACUGAAUAAAGUUUCAAGCACUAUCCCUGACCGUGAGAAUUUCUACGUGGAUUUGUCCCACUGUUGUACGGGUGCAGCAGUCCACCUCAGAAGUGGUUGCAUGUCAGUGGCACUGUAUGUAUAUAGCUUGUAGAGCAUCUUGGUGCAAGAUAAAUAGAAGGUGAUAGCAUUA